GAUCGCAGACACCAGAUGUCACUAGAUUCGAUAGUCAAUGGAGUCCAAAGGAGUGUUGAUGGCUCAUGAUUGACCUGCUGUAUUUUAUCAGAUUCCCGUGAAUCCCAGAUCUCCCCGUGGACCAACUCUCGUCCAACUCUGCAUGAGGCCUGUCGUCUGAGGAAGAAAUGGCCACAACUUUCGAGGCCGCCAAGAAUGGUAUCCUCACAAAUGGCAACCACGUGGACUUGACGUCGGGACACUACAACCUGGAGCAAGAUGCGAUCAAGGAAGCAGAGGGCACGAAGGAAAUGACCAACGGCGUCCAAGAACCCGAAGAAGAUGUUCCUGAAAUAGACAUUGAAAUCAGCAAUGUGGUGUGCAGUUUUAGCGUCAGGUGCCACCUGAACUUGCGGGAAAUCGCCUUGAAGGGCACCAACGUCGAGUUCAAGCGGGAUCAAGGGAUGGUGACGAUGAAGUUGCGCCGACCUUACACAACUGCCUCAAUUUGGUCGUCGGGCAAAGUGACUGUGACCGGUGCGACCACGGAACCUUGUGCUCGCAUAGCAGCUAGACGGGUCGCCAGGCAGUUGCAGAGAAUUGGCUUCAAAACCAAAUUCGCCAACUACCGAGUCGUCAACGUUCUCGGCUCCUGCGUCAUGCCUUUUAACAUAAAAAUUGCACCAUUCUCAGAGCAGUACAGAAGUCAAGCUAGUUACGAACCAGAACUUCAUCCUGGAGUCACUUUUAGGAUAAAUAAACCUUAUAGAGCUACUCUCAAGAUAUUUUCAACUGGAAGCAUUACCAUUACUGGUGCUCCGAGUGUGUCAGCUGUGCAGUCAGCAGUGGAGCAAAUUUUCCCGUUGGUGCAGCCUUUCCGAUCAGAGCGCACUGCCGCACAAAUCGAGCGGAUGAAAAAUCGCGCGGAACUGAAACGACUGAAAACGGUAGGGUACAACAAGCCGAGCAAAAAGAUAAAACAAGAGCUCAACUCAGAAGACGGUUUGGACGAAGAAGAAGAAGAAGAAGAAGCAGAGGAGGAGGAGGAGGAAGACGAUGAUGUUUUGUCCGACGAAGUUGACUAAUCUGAUGGACUGAUGAGAGAGAGAGAGAAAAAAACAAAGGGUGCCAGCGGGUGCGUGUGCUGUUGCCGAGCUUACCCUUUAAUUGAGACCGAAUCUCAAGAUGUGUCGAGUGUCGUGCCUGCCAGAGUGAGAACUUGAAUCGCAGCGAGCGGGGAGGGGCCGGGCCGACUUUCAGUUCUGAUCUUAUUUUGAACAGUGCUCGGUAAGACGCACUACUUGCAGGAUGGCACAGGGAAAAGAAGCACGAUCGAUCGUUUCUACACACAUGAUGGCAAUAUGGCAUGAGAAUUUAAAACCCACCGGCUGUACAACUUAAGAAGUAUCACUUUGGAAUAACACACAAGAAAUAACACAACACCAGCCUUAGAGUUUUAAACGAUGUUAAUUUAUUAUUUCAUCUUUUGUUCCUGUGCAUUCACAUUAUGGUCGGGUCCAAAUAAAGGCGGACCCUUCAAGAUCUUGAUGAAAUUUUGUGCACGGCUUUCCCUCUGCUGGACCAAUGUUGUAAUUCCUACAAAAUGCAGCAAAUUGAGUUUAAUUCGUGGUGGCGAAACACAUUUGAAUCGAUUCCUAGUUAAAUUUAGCCUCGAAAAGCCACCCCCGGAGGCAGGGGGUGAGUUGCAACUCCAACCGGUACCUCUCAAAUAUACUUAUUAGUCACGAUUGACAUUAAACUUAGCAAAUUGAAAAUCUCGCGAUAGAAAAAUAACCGUGUUGCCAUUUUUUGGUAUGUUAUUCUCCAUUUAAUGGGACACAAUUUGAAAAAAUUCCAUGUGAAUAUUUAUUAACUUUUUAACCUCCAAAAAAGUGGGUCAAUGAUCGAAAAUCAACAUUGGUCCAGUAGGGCAACGCCCCGAGCCUUUAUUUAGAACCGACCUUGUAAUAAUUACAUUAUUUUAGUCGGUACGUCAGUAUAUUUGAUGGCAUGUGUCUCCUCUUGUCCCUAGACCCAGAGAGACUAGUUCAUUAAUUUGGUUUCUUCGAUCCGGUCAUGCAUGCACAAUGCACAGUGGUCGCGGCACUACGCUAAUUUAACAGAUUGUCCUCUACUAAAACUUGUGUUCGCACGCCCUUCAUGCCUGUUUACUGUUGCGCACACGUGCAGUGCAUUUCUCAGCACCCUAGCUUAUCUAUGGAGACAAUUAUUGUUAAUUUUCCUUGUUGGAACGAAAAACUGCUCAUGCGUGACGUGCCCGAGCCUUUCCGAGGGUUGUCCCUUCGAUUGGACAGCACGAACUCGAGAGGGAAAAAAAUGCAAUUUGUAUUGAAUGUCUGAGACCGACCACUUGGCCGCCGCCGUCGCCGCCGCCUCCUCUUAUCGAAUAUACCCCAGUUUUCUCCAUUUAAGUAUACUCAAAUCAAAAUAAAUAAUCUAGGAAGCCGAAAAUAAGCGAUCAAUAAUUAUUUCGCCCCCCUGAAAAUGGAACGUUUCUAAAGACUUGUGCGUCUGGAGCUGAAAAAAAACUACCGGAGAAUCUGUGACUGUUUGUCUACGAGAAUUAUUACUGUUGUUUCGUAUUUAAUAUUCUUCAGUUGUGAUCUAACUCGCAUUUCGAUUUUGAUGCAAAACUAACAGGCGAAAUUUGCAAACGAUGCUCACCUUUUGUACUCGUCUUGACUUGCGUUUGCAAAUUUUGCGUUGAGACAGAAAAUGUCGGGUAGCUGCUGGACAUUUUUUGUGUUAAUUGAAAUGUGAAAUGAGGUAAUUAUCUGGUUGAAUUCCUUUUUGAGAAGCGACUGGACUCUGCAGAAGACGCAUUUAACUUUAGUUGGAGACCUAGACGACCUAGAUUUAAAAGUUAGGGAAAAAUCACUACAUGUCCAUCGUCACUUUGUAUAAAAAUCGAAUUGUUUUAGACCGCUCCAAUUGUCUUACCACGUGCUUCAACUGUAUAAAUACAUUCUUAACUUCCAAUUGGUAUGCUCUAAAUUGUAAGUGAUUUUUUAAUUGAAUAAAAAGCAUAAAGCCAAGCAGCUUUACGAUACAAGUUUA